CUGAUAUCUUGAAGCUCGGAGAGGGUUGAAACAGAGAUGGCUUCACCACAGCCACAGGACAAUUUAUAUUCUUCCAGGUUGUUCAGAUCAUUAGGAAGAAAGUGUCGGUCAGAGUGGUGAGGUGGUAGAAAGAGAAGUGAAGCUCCCCAUCGGCUGCAGGAGAAUGGAGCCCAUUGGCCUCUGGCUGCAUCCGUCUUUGCUUGAGCAGGGGUUGAAUAGUGGGACGGUAGCUUGGGGACGCCGCUGGUGCGUCACGCCUUCAAUUCGGAUUUGCUGGCCGUGGCACUGGGCAACCCCACUUUCCUUACCCUUUCGGUAGCUGCCACAGCACACCCUCCCCCCUCGAAGCCACCCAAAAGCACUGUGCCAUCACCCUGGAGCAUCCUUCCUGUUCCUUUCCGCUGUCUCUUCCAGCAGGUUGUCUGUCUCUUGUCUCGCUUCAUCGUCAUCAACGACCUCCGGGUUCCCGUCUUCCCAAUCGUACCCUCCUUGCCCCGACCUCCCCUCUACCUCUCUCUCUUCCCCCGUCCCCUCUUCAGGCUUCGCUCGAACAGCUAUCGCAGCUCUCACACACCAAGCCCUCUCUACCUCUCCCACUCCCACACUCCCUCCCCCAAAGCUCGACGCAUUUUUCAAUCUUUCAUUAACCCAUUUGGACUCGAAAUUCAAAAAACUGUUUCUGCCUCUGCCAACCGCAGCGUCCGUGGGCGACAUCUCCACAUUCACAAACCAAACCCCCAAAAAGAACAGCGCACAGCUCAGCAACAGCAACAACAACGCAACGCAGCAACGCAACAAACCAAAACGACACGACGACACCCGACCAUUAUCGACUACUCCUGUCUGCAUCCGCCUCCCGCUGUCCGUUUGCUUAUAUCGCACCAACAUACACUUGCACCGCACUCGACGUGCAUCCAUACCUUGUCCGUCUGUCCACUGUCUGCCCACCAUCCACACGCACCUCAGCCCCUGAGUAGUCGCAAUGGAUCAACAGCAGCAGCAGCAGCAGCAAUCACAGCAACCCCAGGCCCAGCCUGGAGGUGUGCCUGGCCCUACCGGCCGCCGUCUGCAUAUCGCCCAUCGCCGUAGCCCUUCGGAGUUGACCCCGUUGAUGAGCAUGUAUGCGAAUCCCGGCAUGGAACAACUGGCCAUUGCGCAGCAAAUCGAGCUGCUGCAACAGCAGCAGCAGCAGCUCCAAGCUACUUAUCAGCACAUGGGCAUGUUGCAGAACGCUCAGGCUCUGGGCCAAGGCGGCUUCAACCCUCUCCAGCAGGCCAUGCCCAACCUUUCGCCGCAGACCGGCUUCCAAUUCCCGAACCAGCUUCAACAGCAAAAUGUGUCCUUGGCCCCUCCCACACAGCCACUCUCACAUCGCCGUAAUCAGUCGGCUAUUCCCAACAUGGGUAUGGGGGGCCCCCCUCCCGCCCCUUCCGCUGGAGCCUCGGGAUCUGCCUUUGGCAACUUUGAAAACCUCCAACCCGCCCAGAGAGGAGAAAACGCUGGCGGCCGUGGUGGUAGAGGUGGCGGCGCCGGGGGUGGUCAUCAGAGACGUCACUCCCUAGCCCUCGCUGACGCCAAGAAGGCCGCCGAAAUCGCCCAGCAGAAGCGCACCACCUCCGGCUUCCAGUUCCCCGCCCCUGGUGCUUCGGGCUCUGCUGAAAAGACAGAAACCGACGCAAAGGGUGCUAGUGCCGCCCCGGCGCCCGCUCCGGUUGCUGCCCCAGCCGACAGCCAGAUCGCACAAGGUUCCUCCUUCCGUGGCGGUCGCGGCGGCGGUCAUGGCCGCAGCCAGAGCAUGGCUGUCGGCGCCGGUGGUCGUGGAGGACGUGGUGGUGGUAUGAACUUUUCUGGCGACGACCUCCAACGCCGCGGUGGUGGUGCUGGUGGAGGUCACGCCCGCACUGGAUCUCGGAACUUUGAUGGCAACUGGCGCAACCAGAGCCAGAACCAAAAUCAGGGCCAGGACCAGUCUGCCGGCGCCGGUCAGAACCAGGUGUUCCAGCCGGGCCAUCGCAGCCGCGGGUCCAUCAACCACCAGUCCAUCUCUGGUCUAGGCGCUUUCCAGUAUGCUGGCCAGCCUCAGUUGAUGCAGCUCCCUGGGCAGAUGAUGGUCCCCGGCAUGUUCCCUGGUCAACAGCUCAACCCUAUGCAGCUCAACCAGUUGCAGGCUCUCCAGAUUGCUCAGAUGAGCGGCCAGCACAUGGCUGGUCUUGGCGCCAGCCAACACGCUCCUCAAAUGGCUGCCCAGCAGCCCCAACAGCAACAGCGCAAGACGCUUUUCACUCCUUACCUCCCCCAGGCUACCCUUCCUGCUCUCCUCGGCGACGGGCAGCUGGUUUCGGGUAUCCUCCGGGUCAACAAGAAGAACCGUAGUGACGCUUAUGUGUCGACUCAAGAUGGUCUGCUCGAUGCCGAUAUCUUUAUUUGCGGCAGCAAGGAUCGCAACCGCGCUCUUGAGGGUGACCUGGUGGCUGUCGAGCUCCUUGAUGUCGACGAGGUGUGGUCUCAGAAGCGCGAGAAGGAGGAGAAGAAGAAGCGCAAGGAUAUCACCGACACUCGGUCUGGGUCCACCGCCGGAACAAACCAGGGCAGCACUAAUGACGACAAUGGCGCCGAAGGUGGCCUCCGCCGCCGUGGCAGUUUGAGACAGCGCCCUACCCAAAAGAAGAAUGACGACGUUGAAGUGGAGGGUCAGAGCCUCCUUCUCGUCGAGGAGGAGGAGAUCAACGACGAGUCCAAGCCUCUUUAUGCCGGCCAUAUUGUUGCUGUCAUUGAGCGUGUUGCUGGUCAGAUGUUCUCCGGCACCCUGGGUCUCCUCCGUCCCAGCAGCCAGGCUACCAAGGAGAAGCAGGAGGCCGAGCGCGCCGCUCGUGAUGGGUCCAACUCUCGCCAUCACGACAACCGCGCUCAGGAGAAGCCCAAGAUUGUGUGGUUCAAGCCUACUGACAAGCGUGUUCCCUUGAUUGCCAUUCCCACUGAACAGGCUCCUCGUGACUUUGUUGAGAAGCACCAGGACUACGCCGACCAGAUCUUCGUUGCCUGCAUCAAGCGCUGGCCCAUCACCUCGCUCCAUCCUUUCGGUACUUUGGUCGAAAAGCUCGGAAAGAUGGGUGAUCUUAAGGUUGAAACGGAUGCUCUUUUGCGUGACAACAACUUCUCUUCGGAUGAGUUCUCCGAUGCUGUUCUGCGCAGUGUGAACCCUCCGGACUGGACUAUCGCAAAGGAAGAUGAGGCGGCCCUCGGCUCCCGCAGAGACUUCCGUGGCGAGAAGGUCUUCACCCUCGACCUCGAAAGCACUGCCGAGCUUGGAAACGGUGUCCACGUCAAGACACUGCCUGAUGGCAAGGUCGAGAUAGGUGUUCACGUUCCCGAUGUCACUCACUUCGUGAAGCCAGCUUCGCUCGUCGACAGAGAGGCCAAGAAGCGCGGCACCGCCGUUCAGCUCAUGAACCGUUUCUGCGCUCUUCUCCCACCCAGGCUGUCCGGCGAGUACUGUGCCCUGACUCCCGAGGAGGAUCGCUUGACCGUCAGCGUUGUCUUCCACGUCAACCCACACACUGGCGCUGUUGCCGAAGGCGACACCUGGAUUGGAAAGGGCAUUGUCAAGAGCGGCGGCAAGUUGUCGCUGUCUCAGAUUGACGAGGCUCUCUCUAACCAGGCCGGCUUCAGCCACCCCGUUGCUGGCGCUAAGGAUAUCCAGCUUCUCAGCCUCCUUGCCCAGAAGUUCCACGAGGCACGCCUCGGUGCUGGCGGUGAGCCUAUCGCCCCUCUUCGUCUGCUCCAGCAGCUUGACGAUGAGAACAUCCCGGUCAAGCACAAUGUCUUUGAUAGCAGCUUGGCCACCGAGCUCGUUGAAGAGCUCAUGCACAAGACCAACACCUACGUCGCUCAGCGCUUGGCCGCUGCUCUUCCCGAGAAGGCCCUUCUGCGCCGCCACGCCCCUCCCAACUCUCGCCGUCUGCAGACUUUUGUGGAGCGCAUGUCCGCUCUGGGCUAUGAGAUUGACUCGACCAGUAGCGGGUCUCUCCAGAACAGCCUGUUCAGAGUGGACGAUUCUGACAUCAGAAAGGGCAUGGAAACACUGCUCCUGAAGUCGAUGCAACGCGCCAAGUACUUUAUUGCUGGCAAGACUGCCCAGCACCUUUGGUCUCAUUAUGCUCUUAAUGUGCCGCUCUACACUCAUUUCACUGCCCCAACCCGGCGCUACGCCGACAUUUUGGUUCACCGUCAGCUUGAAGCUGUUCUUACCGAGACCGAGUACACCGAAGACUUGGAAAAUCUCAUCAAGACGGUCGAGUCUUGCAACACCAAGAAGGACUCUGCUCAGAAUGCUCAGGAGCAGAGCGUCCACAUCGAGGCCUGCCGUACCAUGGACAAGGUCCGCCAGGAGACCAACGGCGAUCUCAUCAGCGAGGGUAUCGUCGUCUGUGUCUACGAGUCGGCGUUUGAUGUGCUCAUCCCCGACUGGGGCUUCGAGAAGCGCGUCCACUGCGACCAGCUCCCUCUCAAGAAGGCCGAGUUCAGAAAGGAGAAGCGUGUUCUUGAGCUCUACUGGGAGAAGGGUGUCCCCAGCUCGGCUUACGUCCCCGAGGACGAGAGGCCCAGGGCUGGCGGUGCCUCGCAGAGGGUUUCCAACGCCGUGGCCGCUGCCCGCCAGGCCGAGGAGGCUGAACGUGUCAAGAAGGAGCGCGAGGAGGCUGCUCGCAAGCAGACCGAGACUGGCACCAUUGCGCCAGAGUCGGCCGAUGCUCUCUUUGACGAUGAUGAGGACAAUGCUUCUGACAUCACCGAGGCCAUGGCUGGUGCUUCUCUCGCCGAGCGCCCCACUCAGAGCGUGCCCGGCUCUCCUACUCGCUCUUCGUCGACUCUACACCGCACUCGGUCGGAUUCCAAGGUGCCGGUUACCGAGGCGCCCGAGACUCGCCUUACCAACAAGGAGAAGUAUCUCAAGCUUUUCAAGCUGAGAGAGGAGGGCGGGGAGUACAUCCAGGAUGUUACCGAGAUGACGCGCGUGCCGGUCAUUCUCAAGACGGAUCUCAGCAAGAGCCCACCGUGCUUGACUAUCCGCUCUCUUAACCCUUAUGCUUUGUAAUCUGUUAGCCAUUACAAUACUUGUUUUUUUUUGUAAUAUUGAUUGCAAUGCUACUACGGAGGUUAUGAAAUGGAGAUGAGGUCUGGUGGGAAGAUUAAGUGGAUAGUAUGUAAAGAAUUAUGGAAGAUGGAGAAGAGGAGAAGGAACAAUUUGGUCCGGUGUGGGGGGAUAUCAGUGCAAUGAGUUGUGAAGGGAAGAAGUUGAUGGGGGUGGUUUAGAGCCGAGGGACAUCAUUGCUGGAAAGCUGAGGAGGUAGGCUGGGAUGAAAAGGGGAGAUGGUAUGGAAAGGGAGUAGUAUUAGGAUGAUGGAAAGAGGGAGGGGGGGGCAAGCAUUGAGAUGAGCACAAGUAGG